AUGACUAAAUCAACUGAAGCAACUUUAUUAAACAAUUUACGACAUUAUAUUGCUCAAAAUUAUCAUCAUUCAUCAUUAUCAAUAUGGCAUAAAUUACCUACAUCUCGACGUUCAGCAGUUUUCAUAUUAUUAUUUAUGGGCAAUUUAGGUGAAUUCCGAGUUUUAUUAACCAAAAGAUCUUCUAAACUACGUAAUUUCCCUGGUCAUGUAGCAUUACCUGGAGGUAAAGCUGAUAAUGGAUUAGAACUGGAAUGGCAAGUUUCUCGACGAGAAAUGCAUGAAGAAAUUGGUUUAAGUGAUAAUGAUGAAGAUUUGAAAAAAUUGGGGGUUUCAAUUGAACAUUUAACUAUGUUACCAAGUUAUUUAUCUAGAACUUUUUCAUGUGUUAAACCAUGUGUUGGAUUUAUGCAUAAUUUAACUGGUACAGAUAAUGAUAUUGCAUCUAAAUUGAAUAUUGUUUUAAACCCUGGUGAAAGUUCAAGUGUUUUUUCUUGUCCUCUUAAAGAUUUUUUACAUCCAACAAUUGAUUUACCAGCUUUAGAAGCAUUAGAAAGAACUUCUUAUAAAGUUAAAUGGGGUGGUAUUCCUUGGGAUUUACGAUCAUAUAUUUUUUUACAAAAUAAUGAUAAUGAAGUAGAAUGGUUGAAAAAUAUUAAAGAUUUACUGGCAUCAGAAGAAGAAUCAGAAUUGGAUUUAAAACUUGGUGAUGAAUUAGAUUCUCAAGAUAAAGCAAGUAUAACUCCACCAAAUGUUACUCCUACAAGAUCUUUAAGUCCUGUUACAAUUAAUAAACGUAAUAAAUAUAAGAAAAAAGAUUUAUCAACUUGGGGUAGAUUAGGUUCAAGAAGACAUGAAGAUACUAAUGAAAAAAUUUAUGAUGUUUGGGGAUUAACUGCUAAUAUUUUACAUGAUUUAGCAGAAAUUGUUUAUAUUGAUAAAAAUAAAAUAAAUCAAAAUUAUAUUGGACAAGAAGAAAUGAUAUAUUCUUUAUAUGAACAUGGGAAUCUUAUGAAACAAAAGGAAAGAAAUCCUGAAGAAGUGAAAUUAAUUCAUGCUACUCAUUAUGAUAAAGAUAUUGGAUUUGAUAAGAUUUUACCUGAAAGUGAAUUUAAUAGAUUAAAUAGCAUAUAUAAAUUGUAG